AUGAAACUGCAGCAGCAGAGAGGAUUGAGCCCUGAGCUUUUAAAGUAUAAGGGUCCUAUACAUUGUGCUCGACUGAUCAUCCAUGAAGAAGGCAUCCUUGGUCUCUGGUCAGGGGCUGCCCCAACUGUCAUGCGGAAUGGUAUAAACCAGGCUGCCAUGUUUACAGCCAAGAACUUUUUUGAUGGGAUCUUGUGGAAAAAACAUGACGGUGAUGGGAAGGUACUCCAACCAUGGCAGUCUAUGAUAUCUGGAUUUCUUGCGGGAACUGCUGGGCCUUGUUGUACUGGUCCAUUUGAUGUUGUAAAAACAAGGCUGAUGGCUCAAAGCCGGUCUGGGGGUGAGUUGAAGUACCGAGGUAUGUUUCAUGCUAUCUCAACAAUUUAUACAGAGGAAGGGCUACUUGCUUUGUGGAAGGGACUGCUGCCCCGGCUGAUGAGGAUCCCACCUGGCCAGGCCAUAAUGUGGGCAGUGGCUGACCAGGUGACUGGCUUUUACGAGAGAAGAUAUAUACAGAGGGCACCCUCAUAGACGCCCUCCAUAUUGUUUUUUACUUUUUCUAUCUCGAGCAUGAAGUCACAUGAGUUUUUUGAGUGCCUCUUCACUUCUUUUGGCUUCCCUAAAACUAUUGUGGGAAUUACUGAUAAUUUUUUUAUUCCUGUUUUGUUUCAUACUGCCAUUAAAAUGGCUGCUGAAACCCACAUUUGCUGUUGCCCUGGACCUCUUAGAUCUUAUUUGGGUGGUGCGUAGACAGAGCGCUCUAACGAAGAAACUUUCAUCAGCAGAGUUGAGCGUUUGUAUGAGGACAGAUAGGUUGAGCUGUAAUAGGAAGCACUAGGAACCAUUUUAUUUCAAGAACAUUUGUUGAACUUUCAUAAUUGUCAGCUGUAGUAGUUUGUGGCUCUAAUAGAUAUGCUCUUUGCCUCAUCAGGAA